AUGUUAGCAGCAGUCUUUGUCACAUUAAUCAAGGAUUUACAACAACAGAAGGAUCUUGUAUUGAAUCCGAUUCAUCUAGUAACCAAGAAAGGUCUAGAUUUAUUCAGACUCAUUCUGGAUCUAAGGAAGAUGAAUCUGGGAAUAGAUUUAGAAUCUUUCAAGAUGGAAACUUUACUCAAUACAAUCAAAAUACUCAAACCAGGGACUUGGGCUACCAAGAUCGAUCUUUCGAAAGGUUACUACCAUAUCCCAAUACACCCCAAUUCUCGCAAAUUAUUGGGAUUCAUAUGGAACAACCAAUUUUAUCAUUUCAAUGUCCUACCAUUUGGCCUAUCGUCAGCUCCCAGAAUAUUUACAAAGAUUAUGAAACAGGUUGUCAAGAAAUGGAGAUUUCAAGGAAUGAUCAUCUUCAUUUACAUCGACGACAUUCUAAUUCUCAGUUUCAUGGGAAAGGAACAUUGCCGAAUGCAAACCCUUCAAGUAUUAGCGGAUAUGAAAUACCUGGGUUUCAUGAUUCAACCUUCCAAAUGUAUUCUGGAACCAACUCAAUCGAUAGAAUACUUGGGCCUACAACUAGAUUUUUUGAAUGGGAAAGUACUAAUCCCACAACAGAAAAAGGAAAUUGCAUUAGAAAGAAUCAAUCAAAUGACCUCCAUGGCCAUAAUGCACCAAUCCAUCUCUUGUCGCAAGAUCGCUCAAUUCCUGGGAAAAAUCGAAUUUCUAAGUAAAGCGGAGAAAGCAAUACCAGUGUUUUGCUACCGCCUCAAAAGAAGUAUGAACUCCAUAGUUCAAAAGAAAGGUUGGUCAGCAACCAUGAGAAUAUUUCAAAACUGUCUGAAGGAUUUGAAAAUUCUCAAAACAUUAAUUCAGAAUUCUCAAGGAACUCCCUUCGAACUAUCAUGGGAUCUCAAGAGAAUUUAUACGGACAGCUCCUUACAGGGAUUUGGUGCUAUCCAGAACAACAAUGUCUUGGGAUCCCUCAACUCAACAUCAACAUAUCAACGAGAAGGAAUUGACAACAGCUUUGGUUUUCCUAAAGGAAGCAGUUCAAUUACAUCUUUAUCCUCCAAAAACUCAAUUCCAUCUAAUUUCAGACAAUACAACAGCAGUUUCCUAUCUCAAGAAGGGUUAUGGUCCAGUGGAUUCCCUAGCAACAAUUGCAAGGAGAAUAUGGAAACUUUUAAUGAAACAAGAAUGGUCCAUACUGAAAGUGAGCUAUAUUCCAACAAUGGAAAAUGUCACAGCAGAUCACCUAUCGAGGAUGGGAGAAUGGGAAACUUCUCAAGAGUUAUUCAACCUCCUCAAUCAAAAAUAUGGCCCAUUUACAGUGGACAGGUUUGCCUCCAAGGACAACCACCAUUUAAUCAAAUUCAAUUCUUGGAAUCAUCAACAAGAUGCUUUCAACGAGGAUUGGAAUCAAGACAACAAUUACAUGGUUCCUCCUCUUUCCUUGAUUCCUCAAACCAUCUUGAAAAUCAUCAAGAACCAAGCGAAGGGUUUAUUGAUUAUUCCCAAUUGGAGCAGCUCUUAGUGGUAUCCACUACUGCUAAGAAUCUCAGUCGAGACAGAAUCAUUUCAUCCAAAGAUGCUUAUCAACAAGCAAUCAUCAGAGCUAUUGAAAAACUCAAAAUGGACCGAGUUCUUAGCAGUGAACGGAGAACUCUAGUAACUGAUGGUUAUAGAUGUCUCUGCAUUGAAACUAAAUAUUCCAGUAAUUACAUUUUCAAUCUAUGGAGACGUUUUAAAAGAUAUCAGAAUUAUAGAUUUUGGUAUCAACUUCCGUUCACUUAUGAGUCUGCAGAAGAAUUUAUUUAUCAUAAAUUAGAUUCUUAA